AGUGUGAAAGAAUGGACUCUCUCAGGACCAGAUGUGUGUACUUGGCACUGUUUUUCCUAUGCUCACUGACAGUACAAAAUGCUAGUUCUAGCCAGCACAAUGGAACUACAGUGGACCACAUGUUGUCUGGUUACAAGUGCAAGGAGGAUUGUACCCCCCAGGGAGGUGCUGAUGAGCUCUGCUGGGGGUAUGAGAAGAGGUGCAGCAAGGAGAGGAGACUAUUUGUGCCUCAAUGUGAGGGACCAGCCAAACCUUGGUCCACAAAUAUUGAGGGCAAAGCAGAGGAUUUCUGGAAACAAGGAGACUUUGGCUACGUCAAGAAAGAGAUGGACUCUCUCACAACACUGUGCAAGCCUCAGGUUAAGGGCGACUCUAUGCUCAAGUGCUCUGAGAAUAUGAGGUACUGCAGAGCUAGGAACUUGUAUAUUGACUUUAGAAGAUUCAAAGAAAUGUCCAAAACUGAAGGAAAAUACAAAAGUUUUCUCGAGGACAUUUUCCAAGAGGGAGAGGUUGGAGGUCACUGCGAUUUGAACUCUGACCUUUUACGUAGUCAGGGUGAGCAUAAGUCUCCGCUACAGAGCUGGUACGCCGAGUUGGAGCGCUACACUAAUCUGACAUUCCAGCCCGGGAGGAGGGAGGGGUGUGAUGAGGUGGUCACCAAGCCAACAGUCUUUAUUAAACUGGAUGCCGGUAUCAACCUGUACCACCACUAUUGUGACUUCUUCAACUUGUAUGCUUCUCAGCACAUUAAUGGCUCCUUCUCUGACGACAUCUUCAUAGUCAUGUGGGACACAUCUUAUCGUACCUAUAUGGACCUGUUCUCUGAGACGUGGAAAGCUUUCUCCAGACACCCUCUCAAGAGGCUCUCAGACUUUGAGGGGAAAAGAGUGUGUUUCCGAGAUGCCAUGUUCCCACUGCUGGCUAGAAUGCGACAUGGUCUCUUCUACAACACAUACCUAGUGCCUGGUUGCCAUGGCUCCGGCCUCAUGCAGGCAUUUAGUAAACAUGUGAUUGAUCGGCUAGGUAUAGAGCAGUUGACCUCUGACCCUAGUAGAGUGAGAGUGACGCUGUUGUCUAGGAGUACCAAACACAGACGAAUUGUGAAUGAAGAGGAGUUGGUGUCAGCACUGAAGGGAGUACCGUACUUUGAUGUGAACGUCGUAGACUACAAGGCAAAAGUGUAUCCAUUUCUCAAACAAAUCGAGACGAGCCACAACUCGGACAUUUUCAUGGGCAUGCAUGGCUCAGGACUGACUCACAUGCUCUUCCAACCAGACUGGGCUGGAGUCUUCGAAAUCUACAACACAGAGGACCCUCGGUGCUACCAUGACCUGGCUAGACUGAGGGGGGUACGCUACGUCACCUGGGAGGACGGGGAGAAGGUGUGGCCAGAGGCAGAGGGCAAGCACCCCACCCUGGGCACUCAUCACGCCAAGUUCACUAACUACACUUUUGACCUCAAAGAGUUCAUGAGAAUAAGCACAUCACUGGGGGAGGAGGUUCGACAACGGAAAAUGGCCUAUUUAGGAGCUAAAGACUCGACCAUACAUACUCAUAAUGAACUGUAGGGGAGCUUAUAGUUUUUAUAUGCAUGUCAGUAUUAUAACACACAAGGCAUUUUUUUUAUUUUUUUUUAUUCAAUAACCUGUACGUUAUACAAAAUAAUAAUUUAUUUGGCAUGA